GGCGCCCGGGAUGAAACCCAGGGCCUUAAAGGCUGAGUCAGGCACAACUGGGCCAGAGCCACGAGUCUCGUCGACCUUCGAAGGGUUUCCUGCGUCCGGGGGGUGCCGCUGCGCAGCUGUGGCUGCCACAGGUGCAGAGUCCAGCUGUGCGGAGAGCAGAGCGCUGGUGGACUCCUGCCCAUUUUUUCUUGGGAAGGCCUUUCAGAAAGGUUUGUAGGCAUAUUUCACCCUCUGCCCUUCAAGUCAAGAAGAAAGGUAUAAGGUGGACACCUAACUCCUGAGGAUCCCUGUCUCUGCUUGGGAUCAGGCAUCCUGGUUUUUGAAACAUGAAAACUUCACUUCUCCUGGCUGCCCUUUGCUUGGGAAUAGCCUCAGCUUCUCCAAAACUCGAUCACAGUCUGGAUGCACAGUGGUACCAGUGGAAGGCAACGCACAGGAGACUUUAUGGCGCGGAUGAAGAAGGAUGGAGGAGAGCAGUGUGGGAGAAGAAUAUGAAAAUGAUUGAACUGCACAAUCGGGAAUACAACCAAAGGAAACAUGGCUUCACCAUGGCAAUGAAUGCCUUUGGUGACAUGACCAAUGAAGAAUUCAGGCAGGUGAUGAAUGGCUUUCUAAACCAGAAGCAACACAGGAAAGGGAAAUUGUUUAGAGAACCUCUCUUUGUUGAGAUCCCCUCAUCUGUGGACUGGAGACAGAAAGGCUAUGUAACUCCUGUGAAGAAUCAGGGUCAGUGUGGUUCUUGUUGGGCUUUUAGUGCAAAUGGUGCCCUUGAAGGACAGAUGUUCCGGAAAACUGGCAAACUUGUUUCUCUGAGUGAGCAGAACCUGGUGGACUGCUCUCACUCUCAAGGCAAUCAGGGCUGCAAUGGUGGCUUAAUGGAUAAUGCCUUCCAGUAUGUCAGGGACAACAAAGGCCUGGACUCAGAGGAAUCCUACCCAUAUCUUGGAAGGGAAUCAAAUACCUGUAACUAUAGACCUGAGUAUUCUGCUGCCAACGACACUGGCUUUGUGGACAUCCCUCAGCAUGAGAGGGGCCUUAUGAAGGCAGUGGCGACUGUGGGGCCCAUCUCAGUUGCUAUUGAUGCAGGCCAUUCAUCGUUCCAGUUCUAUAAUGAAGGCAUAUACUAUGAACCAAACUGCAGCAGCAAAGACCUGGAUCACGGUGUUCUGGUGGUUGGCUAUGGCUCUGAAGGAGCACAAUCAGACAGCAAUAAAUUUUGGAUUGUCAAGAACAGCUGGGGGACAGGAUGGGGCAUGAAUGGCUACGUGAAAAUGGCCAGAGACCAGAGCAACCACUGUGGAAUUGCCACUGCAGCCAGCUAUCCCACUGUGUGAGCUGGUGGACAGUGAUAACAGAAGCCUUGAGAAAGGACAUAUCCAGAGGAAUUCUACCUUGAAACUGAUCAAACCUUUAUUGUAUAAGAUGAGAAACUUGAAUCAUCAAGGAUCCAAGUUGUAAUGUGAAUUCUCUGACAUUUUUAAAAGGGUAAAAUGUUACCAGUACUUUAAUUACUACUGUUCUAAAUAGCUUUAUAAUGUUGACUCAUUGCUUAAUUCUAAGACUUUUGAAUUUCAUUUUUUAAAAGGAUAUAUAAAACUUUACCUUUUAAAAUAAAUUUUAAUUCAUUACAUAGA